AAUAAAAUAAUAUGUAUAUACAAACUCAAAAAUGGAAUAGGAAGAAUAUUUACUCUCAUUUCUCAUAAAUAAAACUGGCAAAACCCACCCACCUCGUCAUUCCAGAAGCAAAUCCAAACUUUGACUCCAUCUUUCAACAGAAGUGGCCUAGUAAGCUCAAGCUUGCGGAAAAAAAAAAAAGCAGCAUAAGCAAAUCAGAUGACCCUGGUCUUCAAUCUUGCUCCAAACCAAGGCUUCAUUGACAUUGUCGCUUCUCUUUCUUCUUCAUGAUCAACUGACUCGAAAGAAUCGAUCAAGUGCACACCAGUCAAACUGUGCAUCUUGGUGGAGGUAGUCGUGCAGCUGCUGGUUGAAGAUGAACAAUAGCGCAGGCAUUUCAAUACCAGGAGGAGGGGGAGGAGGAGGAUCAACUGUGUCACCAAGUUCAUGGGUAUCACCAACAUCAGUCUCAACAUCUGGAAAGAGAAUUCAAAGGGAAAUGGAGGAACUUAACAAUGAUCCACCUCCUGAUUGCUCAGCUGGCCCCAAGGGUGACAAUCUUUACCACUGGGUCUCCACCAUUAUUGGCCCCCCAGGAACACCAUACCAAGGUGGUAUAUUUUUUCUUGACAUAACAUUUCCAAGUGGUUAUCCAUUCAAGCCUCCAAAGGUAGUGUUCAAAACUCGUAUAUAUCAUUGUAACGUUGAUUCUGCUGGCAACCUUAGUUUGGACAUAUUGAAGGAUGGUUGGAGUCCUGCUCUUACAAUUAAUAAAGUGCUACUUGCAAUCAGAUCAAUGUUUACUCAUCCUGACCCUUAUAAUCCUCUUGUCUCUAGCAUCGCCCACUUGUACUUGGCAGACACAGCAAAACAUGAUGAACUAGCUGCAGAGUGGACAAUGCGAUUUGCCAAGUGAAUCUGGCGAAACCUUCUCUUCAACUCUACCAUACUGAAGCAUUUGUAAAUUUUUUUAUAUAAGACUGAACAUUUGGUUAUGGCCAAAUAGAUGUCACUAUGUGCGCCUUGAUCUGAAAAACAAGAUUUUAACUA